AUGGCUUCUGAAGAUCGUGCUCCCGUGCUGACCGUUCCAUCAGGGGCAGCUAUUGCCUCCAAGGCGAAUGAAAUAGAUGGUUUCUGCUCGAUGGAUGCAGAAACGAUCGCAUCGCCUGUGCACAAUGUCCAAUUUAGUCCUCAUAUUGCUGUCUCCGCGUCGUCCUCUUCGACGGUUUCUUCACCGUCAACAUCACAGAUACAGACGGAGUCCGUGAGUGAGGCGCAAAAGCAGAAGAUCGAGUUUCUUGAAGACCUGAAGAACUAUAUUCCUGUUGGAAUUUUGAGGAGAUGCGAUAAACUGUCCGAUCCCAACGAUGAACCACCCGAAGGAUCUAGAUUCCCUCAUGCGGAGCUUGUGAGCUUAGAAAAACACCGGUGGCUCCGAACUCAAUGGCAUGUAUAUAAUGAUCAUCCAGGAUGGUCUUAUGUUCGUGUGUUUGUCCUGCCAGAUGACACGGGCCGCAAAUUCAUUCCGCGUUCGAGUACAUCGCUCAGACGGGCACUACGAACCGUUAUGUCCAGGAUAGAUAGCUCGCCAGAGGCUUGGGAAGGAAAAUUUAUUGUCGAUGGAAACACAACACAGAAGAGCGCGGAUGCAGCAGAGGAGGAGUCCUUGUGGUAUAUCUUCAACACUCUGGACGACCCGAAGCCCAACGUGGAGAACAUGAAAGACCCAUAUGGCCGACGUGCGAUGGAGGAUUUACUAGGCAUUUCAACAGGUGAUGGUUCUGUACCUGGAGAAUGCUCGAGCGUGAUUGGACUCAAGACGCCGUUAUAUCCCUAUCAGCGUCGUUCAGCGGCUACUAUGGUUCAAAGAGAAGUGCAACCAGCGCAAACGUUGGAUCCGCGAUUACAAGCCUACCGAAGCCCUACUGGCCAAGAAUAUUAUUAUGAUAAGGAGGAAGGGAGCAUUUUGCGUGAGAAAAGGCUGUAUUCGGAGGCCUGCGGAGGCAUUCUCUCAGAAACCAUGGGUUGCGGGAAGACGUUGAUUUGUCUUGCAGUGAUCCUAGCAACGCGCGGUCAUGUUCCUCGUAUUCCAACUCAAUAUCAGGAAACAACGAACCCGGUUCGCAAAACCACUGGCUCCCUCAUGGAAAUGGCGGCCGCCACUGCUGGUCGCUUUUCCAUACCAUGGAAGAGCCACUUUGACCAGCUACGCGAAGCUGGCAUGAAUCUCGAUCGAUGCGUGCAGGCCUGCGAACGGAACCGCGGGACAUAUACAAUACCGCCGCCGCCGUCGAAAUACAAGAGUCGCGAGGGAGCGAAGCCGCGCCCACCCCCUAUUCAUCUUACUCUGUGUUCUGGGACUCUUAUUAUUGUACCACCUAAUCUUGUCGAUCAUUGGAAACAUGAGAUCGAAACACAUACGGAAGGGCUCAAGGUUCUUAUCCUUCGAACCAGUGCGGAUGUUACCCCUUCCGCGGAGGAACUCUUGCAAUACGACAUUAUUCUCUUCUCUAGAACACGCUUUGAAAAGGAGGCAGGAGAGCCUGUCAACAACCGCCGUUCUCCAUCUCAUUCUGAAUACCAUUCUCCACUGAAAAAGUUCCACUGGCUUCGUAUCAUUGUGGAUGAAGGUCACAAUGUCGCAGGUCAUGGGCAUAAGACCAGUACCAUCCAUAUGCUUGACCAGAUCCACGUGGAGCGUCGAUGGGUUGUCUCGGGAACACCGUCCUACGGACUGUACGGGCUUGAAAUUAGCCUAGCAUCACAGGAGACUCAAUCAAGUGACACUGAAUCCCCUGAUGAGAUUGCCUCCUCUGUUUUGCGAUCUCGGAGGAAGACUGGGAAUGCAAUAGAUGAGGAGUUGAAAGAUCUGGAUAAAUUGCGCCUUAUCGUCGUCGAGUUCUUGGACCUGAAACCCUGGUCGAACUCGCGUGCUAAUGAUCCAGCAAACUGGACAAGAUAUAUGAAGCCGAUCGGUGAGGAUGGAAAGCGAAGAAAGGCGCCCUCGCUUCGAGCCACUCUUCAGAGCCUGGUCGUGAGACAUCGUUUGGACGUGAUCAACCGCGAACUUCCGCUUCCAAGGUUGCACAACAGGGUUGUUUACCUUGAGCCAACCUUUUACGACAAGCUCGCAAUCAAUCUUUUCCUGUUCAAUCUAACGGUCAAUGCCGUCACCUCCGAGCGGAAGGAUCAAGAUUAUAUGUUCCACCGGAGGAAUAGAAAACAUCUUAGUUUGCUAAUCAACAACCUACGACAGGCAGGCUUUUGGUGGACUGGUUUCGACCAGAAGAAUCUCGAGACUACAAUCGAUGUGGCGGUGCAGUAUCUGGAGAAAAACAGGGAAAAGAUGGCAUCUGAAGAUAUUGAAUUGCUCUCUGAGGGCAUUCGAAUUGCACAGAAAGCAUUGAAUUGCAGAAGCUGGGAUGCUUUCUGCCAGUUCGACGAAUUGGGAGUCUUCGUUCAAGACUUUCCUGAACAUGCUCGGGCUCUGUGGUCGCUGACUUCUGAAGACCGACAGGAGCCUCUCUUAUUGGGAAUUUCUCAAGCCAGACUAGCCCAAAAGUUCAUCACUUCACGUCUCACCGCUGAUGAUCCGGCAGAAGGUCUUGCAGGUGCUGGUAUUAAAGCGCGACGUGAAAUCUCUGAACGCGCAGGAAAGAAGAAUUCUGGGACUGCAGAAACAGGAGUCGCGGACAAUCUAGUCCAUAAACCCAAACCAGAGCAUGAAUCUCCGAAGAAGACGUUUUCAAAGGGGUUGAAGAAAAGAUUACCCCCUGAGUCGCCGCUUUCGCGGGCUAAGAUGGUGGCGACAACCUCUGCAAAGCUAACCUAUUUGUUGGACAGAGUCCUGGAGCUGCACAAAACAGAAAAGAUCAUUAUUUUCUAUGAAAACAAUAACUCGGCCUUUUGGAUUGCUGAAGGGCUGGAGAUGCUAGGCAUUGACUUUCGCAUAUAUGCCAACACUUUGAAGACCAGCCAGAAGGCAAUGUAUUUGUCGCUGUUUGAUGAGUCCGAGGAUGUUCGUGUCCUGCUUAUGGACUUGCGACAGGCCUCUCAUGGUCUGCAUGUUGCCAGGGCAUCCCGCGUGUUCAUUGUGAAUCCGAUUUGGAGGCCCAACGUCGAGAGCCAGGCGAUAAAGCGGGCACACAGGAUCGGACAAACGAAGCCUGUAUUUGUUGAGACAUUGGUUCUGAAAGACACGUUGGAAGACAAGAUGUUGCGCAGAAGAAAAGAAAUGUCUAAUACAGAGCUUCAGCAUGCAGAGAAAGAUAUGCUGGAGGACUCGACAAUGAGCUCGAUCAUCCAGAACGAGAGGUUCAUACCUAUGACAGAGGAUGAAGCGUCCGCAGGGGCCGCUUACUUGAGAGAUCCUCCAGGAUUUUUCGACCGUCAUGAAUUGCCUAUUCCGGACAGUUACGUCGAGGGUGCUGGAGACCCGUAUCAGGAUUCCGUGUCACCCAGCAAGCGGAAGCGUCCUGCGCCAUCCUUUGAAGUUGUGGUGGAUUCAGAUAUAUCCCCUUCGUCAAAGAGGAGAAAAGCGACGUUUGAAAUCCAGGUAGUCACGGAGGGUGACGAUGUGAUGACUCCUUGGAGUUCGUCUACGUCUAGGCCCAGAUCUCCGUCGUCUUUGCAUCUCGACAACCAGCCUCUGAACCAAACUAAUGGCGCGGAGGGUGAACCUCGGGUCCAGAGUCUGUUUGGUGGUUGA